AAAAAAAUAAAUAAAAAAAUCGAAAUUACGAAAAAGAAUUCAUUUCCCAGUUUCACCCACUCUGACGUGGCGCCCUUUUCCUUUCUCCCUUUUUCUCCUCUCCCACAAAAACAAAACUCUCUCACAACUCUCAAGCAAACAGCACAAAUUCAUUUUUUCCAGUUGUUCUGUUUUGUUCUUCAGAUACUCUACUCCUCUCUAGAGCUUCUUCCUUUAAGCUGCUGCUUCAUUCAUAUUUUGUUCUUUUUAACUCUUCACUUCUCCUCCUCAUCAGCUCCCAGCCAUUAACUUUUUUCCUUUUUAGGUUUUUCCAUUUUGGGAAAUUUUAGGUCCUCUUGUUUUUGUUUUUUUUUUUUUUUCCUUUCCCUGUUUCGAUUUUUUCCACAUAGGUGUGUUUUUUUGUGGUAAAGAUUGAAACUUUAAGGCAGUCUUAAACUCCGAAACAAGCAUUAUUCACUUAGCUCUUUUGGUCUGUGGAUACCCUUUUGUUGAAAUUGCCAAAAGAGUUGGGUUUUAAGGAUUUACAGAGCUCAGUCAUUGUACCACUUUUUCCCAGCUUGUUUGUCAAUUGGCUUUUGAAUCUUUCCUUACUUUCUUGUACAAUCAACUGAAUCUUUGGUGGGUUUUUUGCUGAAAGCUGAUCACGUUUACGGUUGAUCUGUGAGAGAUUGGAUUUGAAGAUUUUUGGUUACUAUUGAACAGUGCUGAAAGUGUUCUUUAAAGAAUGAGGCGAAGAUUCCUAAAUUGGAUCCAGAUGUUUUGCUGUCUAAAUAGAGAUUGAUUUGUUGAGUCCCGAGUUUUUUUAAGAGGUUGCUCUUAACUACUUUUACCAUAUUUUCCCCUGAUCCUCUGCAAGGCGGCCGUGAAGUUGAGCUGUUUUUUGGGUGAAUUUGGAAAUUGGAAGAUUUGAAGUCUUGAAGAACUAUCUGAUGGUUUCCGCAUCUAUGGCUAUACAGGAUGAGAGUGGAAGUACAGACUCAGAGACAACGCUUCCCCUGGGAAACCAGGUCUGUUUUGAAGUGGAUGUCACUUCCAGAAAUAGCAUCCCCUCGAAAGAGCAACUUCAGUCUGGAGAUGAUCACUCCCUCAAGGUUAGGAAGCCUUACACAAUCACGAAACAAAGAGAAAGGUGGACAGAAGAGGAACAUAAGAAGUUCCUUGAAGCUUUGAAACUGUAUGGCCGAGCCUGGAGGCGUAUAGAAGAGCAUGUGGGUACAAAAACUGCUGUGCAAAUUAGAAGCCAUGCUCAGAAGUUUUUUACCAAGGUUGCACGUGACUCUGGCAAUGGUGAUGCAGCCUCUGUAGGGCCAAUUGAAAUUCCUCCCCCUCGCCCAAAGAGAAAACCACUACACCCAUAUCCUCGGAAAGUAUCUGCCUCCACCAAAGGCAAGGCUUUAACGAUUGAUAAGCGAGCACGUUCUGUAGCUCCAGAUGUUGGUCUCUCAACUGAAGAUAACCAAUCCCCUACUUCGGUAUUGUCCGCCACUGCAUUUUGUUCUGAUGCUCCAGGUGCAACAGACUCAAACAGCCCAGAUGGUAGUUUGUCACCUGUUUCAUCAGUUGUUGGUGGCGGUUCCACUGUUUUAGAGAUAUCUGAGCAACCUAACUUGUCAUCAGCAAAAGGAAAUGAAAUCACAUCCAUGGCACGUAGCCAAGUGAAUAUAUCUUCAAAUCAGGAUGAGAAGGUUCCUCUGAAACUUGAAUUGUUUCCAGAAGAGAACUCUUUCAUUAAAGAAGGUUCAGAGGAAGUAUCAUCUACGCAGUGCUUGAAGCUCUUUGGGAAGACUGUAAUGGUAACUGACUCUUGUAGGCCGACAUCUUCAAAUUCAGGAACCUGCAAAUUGCAGCCUUCCAAUGAAAAUGAAGGAAAAACGGCUCAAUCGUUACAAUGGAAUUUAAUUCCCAUUAAUUAUUCUAAAGGUGAUUUGGAGUAUUCCUGGAGUGCUCUAACUUUUGGAGGGCAAGCGGCGCUCUUCUGCCUGCCAGUACAGAAUGGAGUAUCAAAUAUAACAGGACAAUGUCCAACUCCUAUUUCCUUGCCAUGGUGUUCAUAUUCAAACCUCGCGUCUGUUCCUGUAGUCCAUGUCCAUAAUCCAGUUCCAAUUAAGGCUUCACUAGUGGGAGAUUGUAAAGAAAUGGUAGAUAUUGAUGUCCGCAAGGAGGGGUCUUCAUCCAACUCCAGUGCUGAGUCUCAGUGUGCGGAUGGAGACAGCAAUCUUGAAGCUCAAAGCUGUCAAUUGGUAUUAGGAAAAGAGGAAAAAGCACUUCCCUCCAAAAAAUCUGGUUGCGAGACAUCUUUCUCGGACUCUUGUAAUCGUACCAGGGGUUUUUUACCAUAUAAGAAGAGAUGCGUAGCUGAUAGGGAUGCUCAGUCGGUAGUAGUUGGAGAAGAGAGGGAGGAGCAGCGCAUCCGUCUUUGCCUGUAGUUGAUCCUUGUUUUGAGUCUUUUUGCCUGUGCAGUUUCAUCUCUUUCUUUUUUGCCAUAAUUUUUUUGCCCAUUGGACAGCUGAGGAUGUGAAGACAUAACACGAGAGCGGCUUGCGAACCCUAGCUGCAGCAUCUCUAGAUAUGUAGUUGGCCUCACCUACUUUGUAGUUGAGUCCAUUUUUUUGUUCUUUUGUUCAGUUCUUCCUCAACUGUGAAAAAUGUAUGAACUGGAGGCUAUGUGACACUUUGUACCAGAACUUGCUUUCAUUUUAAGGUUAGGCUUUGAUGUGUAAUUAGCUAAAGAUGUGAUGUAAAUGUGCCUAACCGUUGAUCUUGAUAUGCAAGAGCUAUUCUGUAACUAAUAGUCAUUCAGUUUAUGCUGAGGGUAGGAAACAGUUGUUUGUCAGCUUCCUCCAUGUAUCUUGUAACUUCAUUAGGUCAGAAUUGAUGGAGCCAAAGAAACAAACAUAACUUCCAAUAUAAACCGAGUGAUACAUAUAAUUAACAAAGAAUUUGGGCAGGCAGUUUGGAUACC